AUGAACUCUUUACGCACGGCAUUAUUUCGAUACGCGUCAUUUCCUUCUUCUAUCCACCUAUAUCAACAACCUCUUUCAGCCGCAUAUGCCACGCUUAAUCAAGUAAUGCGUGGUAUACGAAAGUCUAAAGUCAAAUUGUCAAAAUCACCCGCUCUGGAAGGAAGUUUUCAAAAGAAGGGAAUUUGUAACAAAGUUUACACAACAAAACCAAAGAAACCCAAUUCUGCCGUACGUAAAGUGGCUCGUGUUAAGCUUUCCACGGGAAAAUUCGUAACGGCUUAUAUACCAGGAGAAGGUCAUAACUUGAGUGAACAUAGUGUUGUUCUUGUUCGAGGCGGGCGUGUUAAAGAUUUACCUGGUGUUCGAUAUCAUCUUAUUAGGGGAGCUUAUGAUUUCACUGGUGUACCAAAUAGAGCCUCUUCUCGCUCAAAGUAUGGGACUAAGAAGCCAAAAAUCGGGUAUAAAUCUGGAGUACUGCAGGGAGCAUUUGUUCAUAGAACUUGUCGAGGUGCUGCGGCAGGUGGUACGCGAAAUUGGAGUUAUGAUAGCAUAGAAGAUUGGUUCCGUGAUGGAAUUCGGUUGUCCAGAGCAAUGACACAUAAAAAUGCUCUCGCUGAAUUAUGGUGGGGAGGCGGAAAAGGAAUAAUUGCUAGAAACUCUGGAGUUGCAUUUGAGGAAGAGGCUUCAUCCUUACAACGUCGUUUAGUCUUUGAAGAAUAUGGUUCUUUUAUUAGUUCAUUGAAAGGUUGUUAUGUAACGGCUAAAGAUGUAGGAAUGAAAGAUGAAGAUAUGGAAGCAAUUUUUUCAAAAACGCGUUUUACAACUUGUAUUUCGCCGCAAUAUGGUGGUAGCGGUAACCCAAGUUUACCAACGGCAAGAGGAGUUGUUCGUGCACUUGAAGCCGCCUUUUCACAUUUAGGUAGAGAAUCGUUAGAAGGUGCCACAAUCGCUGUUCAGGGUGUUGGAAAUGUCGGCUACAACCUGAUACAAUUUUUACGCGAAAAACGCGUCGAGCACAUCAUUGCUUGUGACAUAGAUCCGCAAAAGAUUCAAGAUUUAGAAAAAGAAUUUGGCAAAGGAUUUCAAAGUGGCAAAAUUGAAUUCCGAUUAACUAAGCGAAAUGAUAAUUCAAUUUUAUUUGAAGACGUUGAUGCUGUUUCACCAUGUGGAGUUGGCAAUAUACUUACUUCACAAACAAUCCCAAAUAUUAAAUCGAAGAUCGUUUGUGGCGCAGCCAACAAUCAGUUGGGAGAUCCUGCUAAAGAUGAUAAACUUCUUGCCAGGCAAGGGAUCACAUAUAUACCAGACGAUCCAUUUAUCGAACAACAUUUAGGUGAUUCAUGGGAGAAUUCGAUUUACAAUUGUACAAAAUUAAUUCUCGAAAAAGCCAAGGCAACAAAAAGAACUCCACAAGAAGUAGCAAUAGAGCUAGCAGAAAAAAAAUCUUUUGUUGAACAUCCAAUUAAAGGACAUCGUGGUAUACAAAUUAUUAAAGAUUUGAUAAAAAGUCCAGAAUGGAAAUUUAAUUAA